AUGGAAAGAAAUGACCAGAAUGAAAGUUCUCCUAGUAAAAAUACAAUUGAGCUCGACGAUUUAGAAAACACUCCUAAAAAUCAAUCUGGACUUACUAAUUUAGAGGAAAAAAUUCAAGAUUUUAUAAAAAAUUUAACUCUACCGAAAAAUUUAUACAACUUAAAGCUAAUUUUUGAAGAUUCGCAAAAUGAAUUUUCACCUCAAAUCUUAAUAAAUUCAUUAAUGGCUUUAUCAAACACCACACAAUUCAAUUUUUAUUCAACAGAAAGUGUAGCCAGGUUAGAAUUACAUAUACGUACAUUGAUAAUCGCUUUAGAAAGGAUAUGUUUUUCACCAAUACGUCUAAGUAGAGAACUUCGUGAAAGUGUAUAUAAUUCAUUGGUAAAAUUUGCAGAAAUACAUCGAAAGACAACGCAAGUGGUAGAAGAUGGAUUUGAAAAUAAUUUUAAGCCUAAAUCAAAUCAAUUUUCUCAACAAAAAUAUUUGGAACAAAAUGAAAGCACAGUUAGAAAAAGAAAUUAUAAUAUUGAUUUUUUGUUAAUUCAUUUACGUGAUACAUUACAUAGUUUACGUGAUGAUGAAACUUGGUUCCAAGAAUUAAUACGAAGAGUAAAAGGCAUACUUAAAGCUGCUAUAGGUGUAGCUCCAGGAAUUCUCUCAAAGGUUGCAUCCGGAGUUCCUUGUCCUAAUGAUACUAGUUCGAUAUCAUCAAUGAUUACUCAAUUACGCGAAGGCUUAUGCUUCAAAUAUCCAAUUGCACGUUAUUAUUUUGAUUGGAGGACUUUGUUGAUAAUUCAACAUAAUAUUGAUAAGAUAAUUAGUAAAAAAUUUGGAGAAAAGGUUAUAAUGGAAUAUCUUUGGAGUUAUUUAGAGGAAGAACAGAAUGGUGUUGAUAAAACUAUUUUUUACUCUCAAAUAAAAUUUGAUGAAUUAUCAAAUAAAAUCUUUAAGGCAUUUACAAUUAAAUCAUUUCAUGAGGCACCUAGUAGUUUCAUUCAAUUUAAAGCAAUUGAGAUUUUGAUUCAUUUAUACAAUAUUAAUAAGGAAAUAUUUUCAAUUAUAAAAAUUGAUUUUGAUCAAUAUUCUCAAAAUCUAAAUGAAAAUUCUUUAACUUAUACUUUAGAACGAUUUCAAAGCUUAUUAAAUUUUGCUAAAGACAAAUUCAUUGAAGAUCUUAAAAUAAUAAAUUAUGAUAUUGGGAAAGGAAAUGGAAAGUUAAAUAGUUCAGAUAAAAAUGUAAGAAAAGAGCAAAUAUCAGACUCUUGUAAAGUUUUAGAUGUUAUUGCAGAUGAGAUGACUUGUCCAAUUGGAUACGAACCAACAAAUCAAAUAUGUGUUUUAAAAUGUCAACAUAUAUUGUCAUUGUGUAAUUUCAAAAAGUUGAAGCAAAGUAAAUGUCCUAAAUGUCGAGAAAUUAUUAAUGAUAACGAUGUAAGAUAUUUAUCACUAAAUGCUAUUUAUAGGAACUUAUAUCCACAUUUUCAUGAAGCUGGAUAUAGUUUGACAUCAAUUGGAACAGAAAAUUUAGAGACUCAUGAUAAUGAUUCUAGUGAUUCUGAUGAUGUUAUAUUAGCUAAAAAAGCGAAUAUUAACAAAUUAUUUAAAUUUAAUUCAAACAAAUCAUUGCGAUCAGUAUUUCAAAUUAGACUAUCAAAAAAACAACAUCCAGCAUAUCAAAAUAUAAUAAAAGAGCUAACCGAAAAAAAUUAUGAAAAAGCUGAAUAUUGGUGUAAAGAAUUUUUAAAAGAUUUUCCAAAAAGUUAUUCUAUAAGAUGCAUUUUGGCAUAUAUUUAUAGAAUUCUCAAUAAUUAUGAACAAGCAUAUUCUUAUAUAAAUGAAGCUAUUAAUUUAAAAGAAAGAAAUUCUAUUGCUUUGUGCAUUCGUGGAGAAAUACAUUACAGACAAAAAAAUUAUUAUGAUGUAAUAAAUGACUUAAAUUCUUUAAUUAAAAUUGAUAAAACAAAAAUAAAGAAUUUAAAUAUUAUACUCGGUAACAGUCGCAUUUUCCAAGAAGGAAAAGAAGGAAAAUAUCAUGUAAAAGAUUAUUUAUCUAAUUAUGAUUAUGCUUUGAAAAGUUUUACAAUUGCAUUACAGCAUGAUCCACAUAAUUAUAUAUGCCUUAAGCAUUGUGCAUUUAUCUAUGAAGAGAAAAAAGACUUUUUGAAUGCUUUAGAAAUGUUGAGUAGAUUAUUGGAAAUUAACUAUAAGGAUUCUAUAAUUUUAUGCUAUUAUGGUGAAAUUCUUGUAAAAUUAGGCAGAUAUGAUCACGCUAUAGUAUAUUUUACAGACGCAAUUAAAAUCGACCCCGAAAAUGGUUAUAUUUUAUAUAAGAAGAGCUUCAUGAAUCUUUUUAUUGAAAAGGAUGAUGAAGCUUUAUCACAACUACAUAUGGCUUUGCAAUUCGAUCCAUCAGAUUAUUACAGAGGGUUAAAUUUGGAUAAAAUGAAUAUUGAUUACAUUCGAAUACUCACAAACGAUUAUAUCAUCCGAAUGAUUAAUGAUAAUCUCGAUAUAUCAUUAUUAUAUUUCAAUGAGUUAUGGGAAAUGUCUAAAGAAAAUAUCUUUAUAAUCUAUGUACUUCGACAUUAUGACAAGUUUUGGAUAUUUUUAUAUAAUCAUGAUGUAGCUAAAACUAAUACCACCAUUUUCACUAUUUUCGAGUAUAGCGCGUUCAAAGAUUUCCUAUUAUUUAAACAAAAAGGAUUUGUUUUUUAUCAAACUUUAAACGUUCAAGAAAUUCAGACAACAGUUACAGGAAAUGAGGCAAAUGGAAAAUAUUUCGAUAAUAUGCAUACUCUAGAAUACGAAAAUUUGAAGAAACUUGUUGGAUUAGGUUGGAUUGAAUAUACGCUUCCAUUUGUAAUAGAAAAUGACACUUCUAUAGAUUAUUUUGAACCAUCAAUUGAAAUUAAUAAUUCUUCUAAUGAUAUUUUAGUAGAUUAUUUCCGAUUUACCAAAUUUAAAAGAGAAACUAUUCGUUUAUCACAUAUGGUCGACUCCUUGCCAAAAUAUGAUUCAGAACUAUCCAUCCCCAAAGUAUUUAAUGAUAAAUACUUUUCAGAAGAAGUGGAAAAUUUGAUUGAAUUAAAAGACCUUAUAACUUAA